UCACAUUUUCACAUAAAUUCUGAAAAUAUUUCUAUUACAAAAGUUGUAGCCCUUGAAAAGUUAUGCGAAAUGAAAAAAAAGUUUGCUACGAUCGGAUAACCGAGCACAAAGUUAAGGUGGUUGGAAAUUUGAAAGGAGUGGUUCGAGUUCACUGAACUCGAACCACUUCAACCCCACAUGGUUCGAGACUUAUAUCAUCGAUCUACUCGUAGAUCGAGUCUCCUACACUCGAACCGGUUAGUAGUUCGAGUUUCUCAAACUCGAACCACUCCAAACUUAGGUAUUUUGGGAAAUUUUUUUAAAAGUGUGGUAGUUUAGGAAUUUGCUUUAGUUUUAUGUGUAUUUAGGGAAUUAAUCCUACAUUCCCUGAUGAGAUACAGGUUUAUUUUUCUUUCCUGGCCCAUCUUGGAUUCUGUUUUAAUGGCUCCCAACUUGAUCGUUUUUUCUUGUUUGUAUUUGUGACUGUGACCUAGACAUGAGAGGGUCAGUCCAAAUUUGGUCUGCAUUUUUACUAUGCAAAUGUUCUCCAAAAGUCUUAAUUUGUUUUGUCACCAAAAAGUGGCCUGACUUAUCUUAUGGCAGCUUAUUUUGAGCCCGCAUGCGCUUGGCAGUAACAGUGUAUCUUGUCUUGCAGAGACUUGCAUCUGAUUUUCUCAAGGAUUACAUCUUUCUAUCCGUUGGGAGAGUUGGUUCCAGCACUGGCCUGAUCUCUCAAAGGAUCGAGCUUGUUCAAGAUAUGGAUAAGAGGUCACACAUCAUGAAAAUCCUCCAUGGCCAGAAAGCAAACGGCAAUCGCGAUUUGACACUGGUGUUUACCGAGACAAAGAAAGGGGCAGAUGCCUUGGAGUACUACCUGAGCAAGAGUGGCCUUCCAGCUAUAGCCAUUCAUGGCGACAAAGUCCAAAUGGAGAGGGAAAGAGCUUUGAGAUCAUUCAAAGCCGGCGUCACUCCAAUCCUGGUUGCAACCGACGUGGCAUCAAGAGGCCUGGACAUCCCCAACGUCUCCCACGUCAUCAACUUCGACCUCCCAAAGGACAUUGACGACUACGUCCACCGAAUAGGCCGAACGGGGAGAGCCGGCAAAUCGGGGUUAGCAACAGCAUUCUUCAGCGACCAGAACAUGUCACUGGCGAAGCCACUGGUCGAGCUCAUGAAGGAGUCGAACCAGGAGGUCCCUCCUUGGCUGAACGAAUACGCCAAGAACUCCUCAAACAUCUACACCGGCGGCGGCCGCUACAGACGGUAUGGCGGCGGCGGCGGUGGUGGUGGGAGCAGACAUGGUGGGUAUGACUACCGCAAUGACUACUCAGGCGGUGGAUAUGGUGGGUAUGGCGGGGCAAGCUAUGGGGGUUACGACUCGGGUUCUUACUAUGGUGACAAUGGCUACGGAGGUUACGCCGCGCCGCCUGCUGGUUCCGGCGCCGGCGGCGUUGGUGGUGGAUACGAGCUCGGGACUGAAGCUGUUGUGGCGAGUGGCUGGGAUAUGUAGAAGCUGGUAAGAAUGGAGUUCGCCAUUUUACUAUCUUUAGUGCUAUCUAUAAUUAGGUGAGAACGAGAAGAUAUAUGGAGGAUUUAAUCUUAGUUAAAUAAGGUUUAGUUGCAGUCGAUUACAUGAAUUUGGUUCGAGAGCGUUAAAAAUCAUUGGAUCUAGUAUUACAGUGUUAGAGUAGAAGAGAAUUUACGGUUUAGACAUUGUUUAUGUCAUAUUGCAUUGCUUGUUAACGGUCCACAAAUUGAUAAGCCAGGGGGUUGUGAUAAACAUCAUUUCAAGAU